AUGUUCCUCCCCAUAAGAAAAGAAAGACUCAUCGCUGGAAAGACCACGCUACUCCCCGGUGGACCACCAGCUAUCAUCUCACAUCAUACAUUCUCCCUUGGACCAUCAGGAAGUUCGGUUGCCGUCGACGGGACACUCACAGCUUUGUCACAGCAAACACCGACCAAGACUCCCGCUCCAGGUUCCACCAAAAGUGCUGGAUCCCCUUCCACCACUGUGACUUUGUCGACGUACACAGUCGACGGAAUCCCUCUAACUGGCAACCCUACAAGCCUCGUUUCAGGAAGCAACACACUUACACCCGGCGCUGCUCCCGUAACAAUAUCGAGCCAUAUUUUGUCGAUCCCCAUUUCUGCGAGUGAAGGACAGAUCAGUGUCGAUGGGACCUUGACUACUUUACCAACCCAGCGCCCAGCAAGUAGCCGAACUCAAUCAGUCUUGUUGACUUCGCUAUAUGAGAUCCUCGGUGUCACUUCAACUGAUACUGUACCUCCUCCCAAUCUUUCAACUCAAUUGGUCACUAGUACUUGGACCUCCAAUACUUGGUUGACAACCACGGUUGGUGGGCAGGAGACGAUUGUGCCCGUUCUUGUGGGCUGUGCUCACUGUGGAGGUACCGGCGGAGGCGUGAUUGUCUGGAAUUACCCUCCACUCCCAGGUGUAACCUUUCAAUUUCCAAAACUGCCAAAUGGAGACAUCGUGGAUCCUUUCCAUUUGCCCUGUAUCCCGGUCCCUUUCAUCAGCAGUUGCGCGUCUCCACCUGUCGACGAUCCUCCUGUGGAUGGCGCUGCUGGUGGACCUGAUCCCAAUCCAGAAUCCCCAGAUCCAAGGACGCCCUCUUUAGCCUCCUCUCCAGAUCCAAGGACGCUGUCCUUAGCCUCCUCUCCAGGUUCAAGGACGUCGUCUCUGGCCUCUUCCUCUACUAUGUCAUCGACGACCUCUCGACAGCUAUGUUCAGCUUUAUGCUCUGCGUGUGCGAACAAUGACCCUCCUUCAUCCUAUCCUUCGCCUGCAAAAUUCAAGAAACGCGUUGUAUCGCUUCCCCAGAAAAUCUCUUCGAGGUAUCAGAGUGCAUCGAAACUAAAGAAGCGCGUUUUAUCUUUACCUAGCGACGCACCGUGGAAUGGAAAUCUGGACUCUUUCCUCUACGACCAGAUAUCGAUUGCAGAAGAUGCUCACAAUGAUGUACCUCUCAGAAUUCAAGGGGUAAAAGGCAUCUCAUCCUCUCUCGCAAUUCCACUGCGGGCCCUCCCCUUGAGUAUGGUUCUACAGGGAAUGUACGGCUGCACCUCGGUGAUUGUCAUAUCUAAAGGGCUUGUUUGGGGUUCACAUUUAUGGGAGAGUGAGGGCUUCUUAUCGGGUGAAGAUAAUUUCAAAGCUAGCAUCAUCAAUGUGUUAGGUUCCGGGGAUGGUACUCCUGAAAUGCCUGGUCUUUCCCAAUUCACAGCAGUCGGUGGCCGACUCUCCCGUGCCACCAACCCACAAGUGUUCAUCGUAACCCCUGGAUUUGUCUCAGGAUCAGGAGCCAUGUUUCAUCCCCAACGAGUGGGAGAAAUUACUGAUAAGCUCAAGGAGAUUCUUGGUCAGAAUGUACCCUUGGAGCCGAUUCUGUAUGAUCCCGUGGACAAACCGCCUGAGCCGGAUAGCGAUGACGGCAGCCACGAGGAUGACGAAUGGACCCCUGACGGGAGAUUUUUAUUUCAGUACGACCCUAAUCAGAUGCAAUGCAAUGGUGUUCAGACGGCCAUGUGGAGACUCUGGAUCGAAGGCGAGCUCCUUAAACAGGGAUCCUGGGAUGCCACGAACGAACAGCUCGUUCCACGUCAAAAGCGUCGAGAUCUUGAAUCCGCAGGCGCAGCUGUUUGCUCAGCUUCCAGCACUAGCCCAGCUUCCCCACCACCCUCGACAUUUGCCAUAUACCUUGCGCUGAAAAGCCUCGAGAAAGAAGUGAUUCAGCCUAACGGAUUACCCAUAGAGUCCUAUGUUGAACUCUACGACGAAGCCUGGGAAAUAACUGGAGACUCCGAGCCAGACUACUGCGACACCCCCACCAGGUCUACGGUGAUCAGUGGCGCAAUACCAAUCAUCAAUAACCCAUACCCUACCACUACUAUCACGAGUCUCCAACCAUCGGGAACAUCUGGACCCACGUGCAAUUGGAUCCCAAGCCCGAGCGACGACGCGGGCUAUCUCAGCUGCAAUUCCAAUCCUACCCGCGUAGCCUGCCUGAGUCCGGACGCACCGGAGACCACAUGCGGGAAUGGGGACUCAUGGGUUCUUCCAGCUGUGCGGUGUAUUUGGCAAGGAGAUUGA